CUGGGUAAAUCGCCAUCCGCUAUUCUCCGCUGCUUUCCUGUUGUUGUGUUUUUGCGUCGAAAAGCAGAACCUCCAGGCAAACACACACACACACACACACUCACUCACGCAGGCUUUCUUUCAGUCAUGAUGUCUGGAGGAGUCGCGAGCGGGAUCUGUGCUCUGCUCUGUGUGUUUCUGCUGUGUGGAGACUUGCCGUCAGCUCAGGGCGAGAAGCACUCUCUGUAUUACAUCUACACGGCUUUGUCCAGACCUGUGGAUCUGCCAGGCAUCUAUGAGUUCUCUGCUAUGGGUCUGGUAGAUGACAGACAGAUUGAUUCUUAUAACAGCAAAGACCAGAGAAAGAUUCCCAAACAGCAGUGGAUGAAGGAGAAAAUGCAGGAGGAUUACUGGGAGAAAGGCACUCAGUCGAGAAAGAACAAAGAGCAGUGGUUUAAUGUGAACGUCAACAUACUGAUGGACCGCAUGAGACACAAUGCAUCAUAUCUUCAUGUUCUUCAGUGGAGACACGGCUGUGAAGUGGAAAUACAAGGAAGUGAAGUGAAGUUUUCCAAAGGCGUUGAUGAGUAUGGCUAUGAUGGAGAAAACUUCCUGUAUUUUGAUGAUGCAGAGGCUCAGUGGGUCGCCCUAGUGGACGCAGCGCUGCCAACCAAGAGAAAAUGGGACAAUGUGCCCAUCCUGAACCAAUACACCAAAGGCUACCUGGAGAAAGAGUGUGUGGACUGGCUCAACAAAUUCAGAGAGUAUGCAGAUGAAGAGCUCAGAAAGGCCUCUCCUCCAGAUGUUUAUAAAUUGACAAAAAAGUCCACCACGGAUGAAACCAAGCUGAAACUCACCUGUCUGGCCACUGGCUUCCACCCCAAAGACGUGAUGUUCAACAUUAGGAGAAAUUGCUUACCUGAAAAAGAGACUGAAUCUACAGGAGUUCAACCAAACCAUGAUCAAACCUUCCAGCUGAGGAAGAGUGUGGAGAUCAAGGAGGACCAGAUAGACGAAUAUGACUGUCACCUGACCCACAGGACCUUGAAAGAGCCAAUUACUGUCACACAGGGUAAACAAAGAGGUUUAAUGCUGAAAUUUGCCACAAAAGAAGAGGAGGUGGCAUCAUCCAGCACUGCUCCACAGGCACCCAGCAGCUGCGCAGAUACAGACACAGGAUUCAGCACAGAGGAGCGUCCAACUACCAGCCAUGCAGAGAAGCACUCUCUGUAUUACAUCUACACGGCUUUGUCCAGACCUGUGGAUCUGCCGGGCAUCUAUGAGUUCUCUGCUAUGGGUCUGGUAGAUGACAGACAGAUUGAUUCUUAUAACAGCGAAGACCAGAGAAAGAUUCCCAAACAGCAGUGGAUGAAGGAGAAAAUGCAGGAGGAUUACUGGGAGAAAGGCACUCAGUCGAGAAAGAGCAAAGAGCAGUGGUUUAAUGUGAACGUCAACAUACUGAUGGACCGCAUGAGACACAAUGCAUCAUAUCUUCAUGUUCUUCAGUGGAGACACGGCUGUGAAGUGGAAAUACAAGGAAGUGAAGUGAAGUUUUCCAAAGGCGUUGAUGAGUAUGGCUAUGAUGGAGAAAACUUCCUGUAUUUUGAUGAUGCAGAGGCUCAGUGGGUCGCCCCAGUGGAUGCAGCGCUGCCAACCAAGAGAAAAUGGGACAAUGUGCCCAUCCUGAACCAAUACACCAGAGGCUACCUGGAGAAAGAGUGUGUGGACUGGCUCAACAAAUUCAGAGAGUAUGCAGAUGAAGAGCUCAGAAAGGCCUCUCCUCCAGAUGUUUAUAAAUUGACAAAAAAGUCCACCACGGAUGAAACCAAGCUGAAACUCACCUGUCUGGCCACUGGCUUCCACCCCAAAGACGUGAUGUUGAACAUUAGGAGAAAUUGCCUGCCUGAAAAAGAGACUGAAUCUACAGGAGUUCAACCAAACCACGAUCAAACCUUCCAGCUGAGGAAGAGUGUGGAGAUCAAGGCGGACCAGAUAGACGAAUAUGACUGUCACCUGACCCACAGGACCUUGAAAGAGCCAAUUACUGUCACACAGGGUAAAGAAAGAGGUUUAAUGCUGAAAUUUGCCACAAAAGAAGAGGAGGUGGCAUCAUCCAGCACUGCUCCACAGGCACCCAGCAGCUGCGCAGAUACAGACACAGGAUUCAGCACAGAGGAGCGUCCAACUACCAGCCAUGCAGAGAAGCACUCUCUGUAUUACAUCUACACGGCUUUGUCCAGACCUGUGGAUCUGCCGGGCAUCUAUGAGUUCUCUGCUAUGGGUCUGGUAGAUGACAGACAGAUUGAUUCUUAUAACAGCAAAGACCAGAGAAAGAUUCCCAAACAGCAGUGGAUGAAGGAGAAAAUGCAGGAGGAUUACUGGGAGAAAGGCACUCAGUCGAGAAAGAGCAAAGAGCAGUGGUUUAAUGUGAACGUCAACAUACUGAGGGAGCGCAUGAGACACAAUGCAUCAGAUCUUCAUGUUCUUCAGUGGAGACACGGCUGUGAAGUGGAAAUACAAGGAAGUGAAGUGAAGUUUUCCAAAGGCGUUGAUGAGUAUGGCUAUGAUGGAGAAAACUUCCUGUAUUUUGAUGAAGCAGAGGCUCAGUGGGUCGCCCCAGUGGACGCAGCGCUGCCAACCAAGAGAAAAUGGGACAAUGUGCCCAUCCUGAACCAAUACACCAGAGGCUACCUGGAGAAAGAGUGUGUGGACUGGCUCAACAAAUUCAGAGAGUAUGCAGAUGAAGAGCUCAGAAAGGCCUCUCCUCCAGAUGUUUAUAAAUUGACAAAAAAGUCCACCACGGAUGAAACCAAGCUGAAACUCACCUGUCUGGCCACUGGCUUCCACCCCAAAGACGUGAUGUUGAACAUUAGGAGAAAUUGCUUACCUGAAAAAGAGGCUGAAUCUACAGGAGUUCAACCAAACCAUGAUCAAACCUUCCAGCUGAGGAAGAGUGUGGAGAUCAAGGAGGACCAGAUAGACGAAUAUGACUGUCACCUGACCCACAGGACCUUGAAAGAGCCAAUUACUGUCACACAGGGUAAAGAAAGAGUGAACUUCACUCCUCCUGUGGUGGAAUGACUGGAGACGCCAUAAUAGAAGCAGAUGUGAACAGAAGCAGUGGAAAUCAGCUCAGCGUGCUCUUCACACCUUUACUUCAGUCAGUUUAACAUGAUUUAGGAUUGUUUAUUUGUGGGCAUUUUCUUUUACACAAGCCACCUUUAUUGCACCAUAUAAUCUUUUAGAACUGCAUUAAUGGACUAAACAUGAAUGCGAACACAAUCAGAGCCUGAUCUGAAUUCACAUUCGAUCACAUUAGAAGUGCAGCAGACCUGAAGUUUAAAAAUAAAGCAUUAAAGGGAUAGUUCACACCAAAAUGAAAGUUUCAUUUACUGUUUCCAUUUACUGUUUCUGAGUUUUCUUUUGAACAAUGUUUUGAAGAAUGCUGGAAACAGGAAGCCAUUGACUUACUUAUUAUUUGUUUUUCCCACUACUGAAGUCAAUGGUUACAUCUUUUGUAAGAAAUUCUUAGAUCCGCUUGAGAGUAAGCCAAUAGUGAGCUCAUUUUUGUUGUGAGCUGUCCCUUUAAUUUUAAGCAUUCAGGCUUGAUCCUGAGAUAUAAGGCUUGUUUGCAUGAAGUUAGAAAUGUGUGUUUAUGUCUUCAGCCCUUAUACAGGAUGAGACAUGAAUAUUUACUGAAAUUACUGUCUUAAUGAAAUAUCUAUCAGAAUUAGCAGCAGCACACACACAUGUAGCUCUGUGUGCCUUUGUAUUAAGAUGCUACAAGAAUAUA